UGAAGGUCUCAAAUGUGGUGCUGUGGUGUGGAGAGGACCGGCGUGUUCGUCUGGUGUGGGGCUGGGAAAGUCAGCAAACUUGUAAAAAAUAGGUGGAUGGGCCAGGAAAGAACAAGUCAAAUUUAACCAUGGGCGAGUUUAAAGUGCAUCGAGUGAGGUUUUUUGAUUACAUGCCGACGGGGAUUCGCUGCAUGGAUUUUAACAGAAAGACGAACAGACUGGCGCUCGCUCGGCUGGAUGGCUCCGUAGAGAUAUUCAAUUUUUCCGAUAGAUACUUUCAAGAAAAGGUGAUUCCUGGGAAUGAUUCCAGGUCUAUUCAGGCAAUCUGCUGGGUUGGAAGCCGUCUCUUCACUGUUGGCUUGAAUGGAGAAAUCGUAGAGUAUGACCUGGAGAACCUGUGUGUAAAGUACUCCUUGGAUCCAUCCGGGGGACCUCUGUGGGCUGUGGCUUGCAAUUCUGAAGGAACGCAUUUGGUGGUGGGAUGUGAGAAUGGGACCGCGAAGCUGUUUGAAGUGCUGCCUGAAAGAAUCCAGUUUCUGAGGAACUUAAGCCGUCAGAAAGGCCGUAUUCUUUCCCUCUCCUGGCACGCAUCUGGAGAGCAAGUGGCGGCAGGUUUGACGGACAUGAUCCAUGUUUUUGAUGUGAAAACGGGUCACUCAGUUCGGAGGCUGCUGGUGGACCGAGGUCCAUCGGGUGUACGUCACAGGGACUGCGUGGUGUGGAGCCUGAUCUUCCUCUCUGACUACACCAUUGUCAGCGCAGACUCCUCUGGCAAGGUCCAGGUCUGGGAUGCGAAAAUGGGAACAUUGAUUAAAAACCACCCGAUCUCUAAAUGGGACGUCCUGUCAUUGUCUGUGUCGGAGGAUGAGGACAGCAUUGUGGCUGGAACUUCAGAAGGCACCGUAGUGCAGUUCCAGUUCCUGUCUCCGAAGCUCGGGGCCGAAGAGAAAGAGUGGGUCAGGACCAGGGUCUUCAAGCAUCACACUCAUGACGUCAGGGCCGUGGCUGAAAUCAAGACUGCGUUUGUGUCUGGGGGUAUGGACACACACCUUGUGAUUCGUCCAUUUCUAGACAAAGUGGAAGUCAAGUCCUAUGAGUCUGCCCUCUGCAAAAUCACUUUCCCUCAUCGGAGCCUAGUGUCUUGUGCACAGAAAGCAGGCCUGCUGCUCUUCCAGUAUCCUGACCAGCUAGAACUAUGGAGACUGGGGGACUCCGAUGUCAAGGGACAGCCAGGGGACCUCUUGCCUGUUACAAGCAAACCAGAGAAACUGCUUCAGCUGAAGAGAAAGGGUGAGGAUCACAUCUGCUGUAGCGCCAUUUCACCUUGUGGUAAUUGGAUUGCCUAUUCCACAGUUUCCAGUAUCAGAGUGUUUUGCCUGCAUUGUGAAGGCAACAGCAUCGGCAUCACGAGGGUGUCAAAGCUGCCAAAGGUACUACGAUCUGCGCACAAGCUCCACUUUUCAGCCGACUCGACCAAACUCUUUGUGGCCUCUCGGAAAUCGAAUGUCCAUGUGAUCGCUCUCUCUCAGUCGGAGUGCAGUUACGUUCACACUUUCAAGCCAAAGUCAGGAUGCGCAGAGGCCAUUCACCUGCUAGCAGCCAGUGCGGAUGGGAAGUGGCUGGCAGCAGCCAGCAAAAGCUGUGAAAUCCACAUCUACAAUGUCCAGAAGUUGAAGCAUCACUGUACGGUCCCUGUAUACAGCUCCCUCCCUAGCGCCAUGGCGAUACACCCCAAAACAAACAACCUCGUCGUGGUCCACGCAGAUCAACAGAUUUUUGAGUACAAUAUGAAAGAGAAACAGUACACGGACUGGAGCAGGAAGCUGCAGAAAGAGGGGCUGCACCAGGUGUGGCUGGAGAGAGAUACACCUGUAACACACGUGACCUUUAACCCAAAGAAACUCUCUCAGUUUGUCCUCCAUGACAAUUAUAUGUUCUGUAUGAUUGAUCAAAGCCUGCCACUGCCAGACAGCAAGACGAGGUUUGUCGACCAGAUAACUCUGGGGAGCUUGUCAGAGGAGAAGAGGCAGAGCGAGACCCAUGCUUUCAAGAUCUGCAAGAAAUUCCAACCUCUCCUUCAUGCACAAAUGCUCGAAGAUGACUGGCUGCUGGUGGUUGAGCGUCCCCUGCUGGACAUUAGCUCAAAGCUUCCUGCCCCGGUCAUGCAGAAGAAGUUCGGAACAUAAGGACAGGAACAUUUCGGAAUGUGCAUUUUCUGCUUUCCCCUUUCCACAGCUUUGUAAACCCACAUGUGACGAAAGAAAUAAAUCCGUUAUUUACUUAAA